CCUCUUUGCCAUGCGCGAGGCAUACACAUGUAAAUUUAAUCCGGGAGGGAUGGGAGUCUGAAUGAGAGGUUGCCCUCUGAUUGACACACAGAUCUGCUGAGUAUUCACACAACCAGGACAGCUGUUGCUGGGAACUUAUUGUAAAGGAACAGAAUUUUACCUCCUGGAAUAGUUCAUAUCCUCCUGUCUCUGUCUCUUUGUGCUGAUGUCUCCAGUCUCAGAUCUUUGCAGCGCGAGGUGUUAUCUGUAGCACUGAGCUCCAGAUUAAAAGGAAAUUGCAGGACGACUAAAUCUGGCUGUCAGCCUCUGAUUCCUACAGAAAGCGUAAGUGAUACAGGCGGAUGAGUCGAGGAUAAGCCAGUCGGGACUGCAAAGGAAGAUUCAUUAAACUGCUUCACUCUUCAUGGGACGCUGUACUUUUUCUUUUGGAAGGCGCAUCUUCGUCUGUUUUUGUGUCUGUGCCCGGGACGGUGUUCAUGUGCCUGCAGUCUACAGCGGUCGGGUGUUGUUUUCUGAAGAAGACAGAGCACACAGGCUGAAGCAGUGUUGAAGCAGGACACCCUCUGUAGGAGACAACUCUCCUCGCUCCUCUCCUUUUCUCUGCAGACAUAGCUGCCCACCCUGACACUGACAGCUGGGGGUGUUGGUGUGCUCUGUGCACAGAUAGCUUGACCUGACCAAGAGACUGUCCAGACGUCUUGUCGAGGCAUCUUGUCGUACAGACUGACCCACCACAAGCUCUAACCAGAGCACCUUAAGCCAUUCCAGGUGGCUCCCAGUCCCAGCCAGGAUGCAGGUGUCGUUAGUGUGUACGGAUCACAAUCGUGGAGGGGUGAGCCGCAGUACAGAGGAACGGCUCAACCACCGCCAGAAUGCCAACAGCCCCAACACAGGCACCCGCAGCAAGUUCAGGGCUGUGGCCAUGGUGGCCCGUAGCCUUGGACAGGUCACUGUCCAGAGCCAGCCCACGUCCAGCGACCAGAGCAUACGCACCGGCAUGAAGUAUAGAAACCUUGGGAAGUCUGGCCUGAGGGUGUCCUGCCUUGGACUAGGAACAUGGGUGACGUUCGGAGGGCAGAUAACGGAUGAGAUGGCGGAGCAGCUGUUGUGUCUGGCCUACGAGAACGGCAUCAAUCUGUUUGACACAGCAGAGGUCUACGCCGCAGGGAAGGCUGAGGUUGUGCUGGGGAACGUCAUAAAGAAGAAAGGAUGGAGACGUUCCAGUCUGGUGAUCACAACAAAGAUCUUCUGGGGUGGAAAAGCAGAGACUGAAAGAGGGUUGUCCCGAAAACACAUUAUAGAAGGUUUAAAGGCCUCACUGGGGAGACUGCAGCUAGAGUAUGUGGACGUGGUGUUUGCAAACAGACCGGACCCCAACACUCCCAUGGAAGAGACGGUGCGGGCGAUGACCCACGUGAUCAACCAGGGCAUGGCCAUGUACUGGGGCACGUCCCGCUGGAGCCCCAUGGAGAUCAUGGAGGCGUACUCUGUGGCGCGGCAGUUCAACCAGAUCCCUCCCAUCUGUGAGCAGGCAGAGUAUCACAUGUUCCAGAGGGAGAAGGUGGAGGUGCAGCUGCCAGAGCUCUUCCAUAAGAUAGGUGUGGGGGCGAUGACAUGGUCACCGCUGGCCUGUGGGAUCAUUUCAGGGAAAUACGACAGUGGGGUACCACCUUACUCCCGCGCCUCUCUUAAGGGCUACCAGUGGUUGAAGGACAAGAUCUUGAGCGAAGAGGGCCGGCGUCAGCAGGCGAAGUUGAAAGAGCUGCAGGCAAUCGCAGAGCGGCUGGGCUGCACUCUGCCCCAGCUCGCCAUCGCGUGGUGCCUACGAAACGAAGGGGUGAGCUCCGUCUUAUUGGGGGCAUCCAGCACCGACCAGCUGAUGGAGAAUAUAGGAGCAAUACAGGUUCUUCCCAAACUAUCCUCCUCCAUUACGCACGAGGUAGAUAGCAUCCUGGGGAACAAGCCGUACAGUAAAAAGGACUACCGUUCCUAACGCUUCGCCACCGCGCCAGUCAGCCAGGACUGCUCCAGGACUGCUCCAGGGCUGCUCCAGGACUGCUCCAGGGCUGCUCCAGGACUGCUCCAGGACUGCAGCGCAGGUCCAUGCCCCACCUUUGCCUGAUCCUCUGUUUGCUUGAGCUUUACUGAAUGAGACCCCGGCGCAUGAGUCUGGCCCCACCUCGGCCACCCUGGGGAGCAUCAUUUAGACUUACAGGGAAAAGAAAAGGAUGAUAAAUAGAUACGUGACCUCCGCAAUGGAAGGAAGGAUAGGUAGAAAAAAUACAGGGAACAGGGGGUUAACUAGAUGAAUCUGUUAUACAUACAAUUCAGCCGAAGCUGCAGUUUAAAAACCGAAGAAAAUAUUAUUUCUAAAAAAUAAAAUAAAAAGCACACGCUUGCUUGGCAGACAGAUAUAAUUGUAUUUUUGGUGGAAUAAAAUCUAAAUACUGAA